AUGGCGGCUGCAGGCAAAGGCAAGAAGCGCAAGGCCGCCCCUGGGGGCGCUGGCGGCAGCAAGAAGAAGAAGCAAAGCAAGACAAAGAACAAGGCCCAAGCUGAGCGCAAGAGCUUCUCUGCUGGACCCAAGAGCAAGACGAAGAACGGCUCGAAGAAGCCGCAGCCAGUCGCUCGCCAGCCCACGUCGCAGCUGCAGGAGGAAGACGUGGAGAUUGACGAGGAAGACGUGGCUUUCUAUGAGAAUAACACGGAAUUUACGACUUUCCUGGCUAAUAUGGACACGAAAGGGCUGAGCAAGCCAGUGCUGACGAAAGGUGACAAGAAGGUCAAGUCUGUCAAGACACCAGCAGCAAAAGGAGGAGAGGAGAAGAGCAGUGAGUCCAAGGGAGAAGACGUGCCGUUGGAAAAGCUCGAGGCUCAUCCACGCAAAGCUGCGUGGACGACGGACAAGCAGGAGGUACUGAAGGACAAGCUGCCGGUCAAGUUUAUGGAUGGCAGCGUGCGUGCCAACAAACUGAUGGUGGAGAAAGAGAUGGAGGUUGAGGCUGCAGCGGAUCCGAUUGAAGUGGAGGAGGAGGAGGAGGAGGAGGAAGAAGAGGAAGACGUGAGUGUGAAGAACGAGAUGGACUCGGACGUGUCGGAUAUGGAAUUUGAAGAGAUUACGGACGCUUCCGCUGCAGCACCUAGAGACACGCCACUGUCGGCGGUGGAUCUGAAGCGCCAACGUGGGAUCCGCCUGGUGACGAAGAAAGUGGAAAUUGCGCAGCUCUGUGAAAGCAUUUUGGAGAACCCGGAGGAGUCGUUUAAGAAGAACAAGGAUCAUCCACAGCAGUUUAGCAAGAUCCAGCAGCUACAAUCGCUGUGCCAUGAUCCAGAUGUGACGGUGCAGCGUCUUAGCUUGAUGUCACAGUUGUCGGUGUUUCUGGAUAUCUUACCAGACUACAGGAUUCGUCUUCAGAAGAGUGAUGCUGGUACCGAGGACAAGGGCAAGCAGAACCACGGACGUCCUAUGAAGAAAAAGGUGCAACAGAUGCAAGAUUAUGAGGCUGCCCUGCUCAGCAACUACCAACAGUUUCUUAAGCACUGCGCUGGGUUGGUUGUGAAAGGGCUGAAGGGUAAACACCCAGAGCAGCUUGCCACCAUGACAGUGCGCGAUCGGCGUAACGUGUUGCUCGCUGAGACUGGUGCCCGUUGUUUAGCACAAUUACUGGAGAAGAAGUACGCCUUCAACUUCCACCUCAACCUCGUGAUCGCACUGGUACCAAUGGCCGACUCGCAGUUCAAAAACAUCCGCGAGCAGGCUUGCGCGUCUUUCGAAUGUGUCUUCAAGAGUGAUAAAACGUGUGCGUGCUCUUAUGAGAUUGUCCAGCAGAUAUCGAGCUAUGUGAAGCAGAAGCAGCACCGUGUGCAGCCGUACAUCAUUCGGACGCUGCUGGUUAUGCCACUUGAAGUCACCAUGGAGCAGGGCGAAGCAGCGCGCAAGAAAGCAAAGUCCGACCGCAAGAAACGUCGUCGUCAGCAGGCAGAUGGAGACACUGUUGCCGCUGGUCUCAAAGAAGCUGAAGCUGUAGUGGACCGAGCCGAGCGCGAAAAGACGCAGGCUGACAUUCUACACGAGCUUGUGCUCAUUUACUUUCGCAUUUUGAAGCAAGCUACCUACUCGCAGGCACUUCCUGCCGUGCUGGAGGGACUUGCUAAGUACGCGUUCCUGAUCAAUCUUGACAUCAUGAUCGACCUGCUUAAGGUGCUCAAGGUUCUGCUGCGCGAAGAGGACGUGCUGCCACUUCCUGCGGCACUACAGGCGGUGCUAACGGGAGUGCGUGCACUGCAAGGUCCUGGUGGACAGGAACUAAUGAUCGACGAGAAGGAGUUCGUGGACAUCCUUUAUCGUCUGUUGUAUCGCUUCGCCGAUGGCGAGGCGGUCUCAGACUCAUCCUGCUUCCCGACUCUGCUGCAGUGUGUGGAGGCAGUGUUCUUACGCCGAAAAGAGAUUGUCGUGGAGCGCGUGGCGUCAUUUGUGAAAAGACUAUUGUUGGUGACCCAGCACCUCCCUCCACACCAAGCAUUGGCCACGUUGUCUCUGCUUCGAGCGCUUUUCCACCGCUACGCCAAGUUGCAGCAGCUCUUAGAGUCGGACACGGAUCGUGUUGCAUCGGGUGAGUACCGUGCUGACAUUGGCGACCCUGACUUUGCGAACCCGUUCUCGAGUGCGUGCUGGGAAUUGGCACUGCUUGCACGUCACGUCCACCCGAAGCUGUCUACAUACGCGCUCGGGACUGCCCAGAUGGCUCCAACUCUACCGAACGAGCAUGCCCGAGCGCUCAUGGAUGCCUUCGAUCCGUAUGCUGGUGCGACGUUUGCGUUCAAGCCAAAGGUGCCUGUGCCGCCUAGCAACCCACUGCACAAGAAGAUUGCUAGUGAAAACAACAAGAACGACUCGCGCAAGAAAAGCCGUCAGCGUCGUGCGCGUCAGUUUUUCGUGCGUGAUCCGUUGGCGAACCUGGACGAGCAGUACUGCAAGACGACUGCCUCGCUUUUCUUCCAAAAGUGCCUCGAACUUGACGAGCAGCGCAGUACCAGCGCGUUGCCACUGAUGUUCAAGAAGUAA